GUGGGUAGAGAACUUGUUGCCUCUUUGUUCUCUAUCCUCCCACAUCCUUACUCCUUUAAGAACAGCCUGACUUCCCUCUUUGCCUGUCUGUCAGGAGAUAUUGUUAUCAGCAAAAUACCAGAGUAUUUUGGUGUUACACUAGGAAAAGCGAAAUAGACCAUUUCCACUUCUCAUCUAUUUCUUCUUCUCUUUGAGAGAACUCAGGAACUUGUCAGAGACUGAAUAAUCUGCUUUCAAUUCAUAAAGAUGGUCCUCUUCGGGCUUUUCUUCUUGAUACUAACUGUUUCCUCAGGGCUUUUUAAUAAAAAGGAAAAAGAUAUGCCUGACUGUACCAAGUAUGUAAACCAAAUACCAUACCAGUGCACCAAAGAGUUGGAUCCUCUCUGUGGCAAGAAUGGUAAAACAUAUCAAAAUGAAUGUCUGUUUUGCAAUGCAAUGAGCCUAUCUGUUUUAGGUAUCAGUACCAUGUCUGUGUCAUAAAAAGAAUUUUGGCAAAACCAGAGACAUCAUCACUCCCACACCAUGACUAAAGGUGGUUAAACUAAUAAGUUCUCAUUAAAAAACAAUGAAUAGGCAAAGGGGAAAGAACUCAACUACAGACAUCAUGGGAAUAGGGAAAACCAGUGUUUAUCUUCAGAGAAAAACCACGAAGUUAAAAAAAAGAAAAAAAAACCUUUCCUACUCUAAAAAGUAAUGUUAAAUGGCUACCUACUCAGAAAAUAUUUAUAGAACCCAAAAGACUAAAUGAGAUUAAUGAAAAAUUAAAACUAUCAAAAAAAAAACCUAAAAACUAUCUAAGAAAAAAAGAUUAUGAAAAGAAAGUCGACCAACUAGAAAAGGAGAUCCAGAGUCUCCCUGAAAGCACUACCUGAAAGUUAUGAUAAAAAAGAAACAAAUUUUGACAUAAUAUAAGAAAUAAUUAAAGAAAAUUGUCCUGAAGUGAUAGAACAAGAAAUGAAAGUAGAAAUAGAAAAAAAAAUCUACUGAUCACCAUCAUAAAGAGAUCCUUAAGGAAGAUAUAUAAGAACAUUUUUGCUAAAUUUCAAAACAUCCAGAUCAAAGAGAAAUGUUUUUUUCCAAGAAACAAAACAAAAUAAAACAAACAACAAAAUGUUUGUGUGUUUCUGUAUCUAUAUCUAU